AUGUCUGCCCCCCCAGAGGACAAGCUGCGUAUCGCUGUCGAAGGUUGCGGCCACGGCACGCUUGAUGCUAUCUAUGCAGCUGUAGAGAGAGAUUGCGAAGACAAAGGAUGGGAUGGCGUUGACCUCCUCAUCAUCGGUGGCGACUUUCAGGCCACCCGCAAUCAACACGACCUCAAUGUUACAGCUAUGCCGGUGAAGUAUCGCGAUAUGGUUGACUUCCACCAGUAUUACAGCGGAGCAAAGAUAGCACCAUGUCUGACCAUCUUCAUCGGUGGGAACCACGAAGCCAGCAACCACCUCUUCGAACUCUACUAUGGAGGCUGGGUCGCUCCUAACAUCUACUACCUCGGUGCUGCCAACGUCCUCCGUCUCGGAAAUCUUCGCAUCGCUGGUCUGUCGGGUAUCUGGAAAGGUUAUGACUAUCGCAAACCCCACUACGAGCGUCUUCCUUACAAUCAGGAAGAUCUCCAUUCUAUAUUCCACGUCAGAGAACUUGAUGUCCGCAAGCUCCUCGCUAUGCGCUCUCAAGUUGAUAUUGGUCUCUCGCAUGACUGGCCGCAAACAGUCGAGUGGUCUGGCGACUACCAUUGGUUGUUCAAGAGAAAGGACAGAUUUCAGGCUGAUGCCGAGAACAUGAAGCUCGGCAGCACUGCAGCAAAGCUGGUGCUGGAUCGACUGAGACCCCCACAUUGGUUCUCAGCCCAUCUCCAUAUACGCUACACUGCAAACUACGACCACGAAAACCCCAAGGGGAUACAGACCAGAGGUGGAUACCCAAUCCCUCCUCCAGAACACAAGCAAAAAAUCUCAGCCUGGCAAGGAUUCCAUGAUCAAGCCCGAGUCAACGAUGCAGCGGAGACACAGAAAGCUCUUGAAGAGCAACGUGGCCGUCAAGAAGCGGUGGCGAGUACAGGCAUUCGCUCCGGUCCCGGUUACAACUUCGAUGAAACUUUCAAGAAGGUCAACACCACGAACCUUAGCAGAAGUAUAGACACGAUAGAGAGAAAGGAGAACGAACCACCAGCUCAAACCAACCUGCCACAGCUUGAUGGCUCAUGCGCUUCCAGACCACUGAAGAGAGCGAGGGAACCGGACUCUCCCCAGCAGAACGAUGGAACAGCUCUGCGCUCUCCACGCUUCAACGCUCUUGGUACAGCCGCGCCUCGAGACACUGCGCUAGGUAAAGAGACCGCGGAAUUCUCACCACCCAAGCAAAGAAACACCGCUGUUCCAGUGGCCAGCAACCCCGAUCAGCUUGACAUUGACCUUAGCGAUGACGACGAGCCGGUCGUGCCUCGACGACGAUCAGGCAGCCCUUUCCCUACCCUCACACAACCUGUGCAGGAGCGCAAGUCCGAGCAGAGUGAAGACGGAGGUGUCUCGUUGAAUCCCGAGGCAACAGUGUUCCAAACCCCGAAGCAAGGAGAGCCAAUGGCGAGACAGAGUUCUAACAGCUCGAAAUCGUCGCUUGAUCCAUCUGCGCAAAUCUUCAAGCCGCAAAGCAACAAAGCUGAAAGUGGGCAAUACAGCUCAGACGUAGUCAACCCUGAAGCUCCUGAAUUUCAGCCGGGAACAAAUGGCAGCCAUUUGAAACCCGAAGAAGAUAUGAAGGUGAAGCCGGACGAUAUUCCGGACGACAUCCGAGCCGAACUCGAGGGCCUUUCUAAGACCUUUGCCGCCCCUGUCCAGGUCGAGGUAUCGCCCGAGCUUCCAUUUCCAGAAGAAAUCACGAACAAAAAGACCGAAUUCCUGGCUCUCGACAAAUGCCUGCCAGGUCGUCAUUUUCUAGAGCUCCUGGAAGUUGAGUCGACCUCUGCUCCUGGAGAGCCGAUUCAGCGCCCUGUCAAGUUGCACUACGAUCCGGAAUGGCUUGCUAUACUCCGCGUCUUCGCUCCCGAGCUGAUACUUGGCGGUGGCAAGCAGGAUCCAGUCCCACCACAUCGAGGAGAUACUUACUACCGAGAUCAAAUCCUAGAGCAACGCAAGUGGGUAUAUGAAAAUAUUGUCAGUAGAGACUUGCUCCAAGUUCCCGACAAUUUCGAGAUUACUGCCCCAACCUACGAUCCUUCUCUUCAGGUUGAGGAAAAGGACAUGCCGCGGGAAGUCACCAACAAUCAAACGAGUCAAUUCUGCGAGAUGAUUGGCAUCGAGAACCCUUUUGAUAUUCCGGAGGAGGAGAGAGACGCUCGAGUCGAAGCCGGUCCAAGAGCAGAGAGUCAAUGGCGUGGACGGGGUGGUCAGUUCGGCGGCGGUCGGGGAAACUGGAAUAGUGGUCGUGGUGGCCGCGGUGGAAGAGGAGGUGGUCGUGGUAGAGGCCGUGGCCGUGGUGCCAGGGGUCGUUGGUGA